CCUGCGGGGAGGCGGCGGGAUGAGCUCGCGGGGCGGUCGUCUCUUAGCGCUCCGGUUGCCAGGCUGCCGCGGGACACCGGCCCAGCGGCCGCACCCAGGCCGGGCAGUUCAUUCAAAGAACCAGCUAAGUUGGACCCUACAAAUUAAGCCAUGGGUUUUUGGUGAAUAUAGAAUCAUGUGGUUCAGAUCCUAUAGAAUGACUUUUCCCUAUUUGAACAGAAUGAAAAAUUGUAGGCUCCCUUGGAUAAGGCUGCACAGUACUUCCCAAACCACUGUGGACAGUGAUGAAGUAAAGAGGUUCCUGGCCUUGGCACAUAAGUGGUGGGAUGAGCAAGGAGUAUAUGGGCCUCUUCAUUCCAUGAAUGACCUGAGGGUGCCAUUUAUUAGAGACAAUCUUUUAAAAAUAGUUGCUAAUCAUCAGCCAGGAAUACCCUUGUCUGGAAUGAAGAUUCUUGACGUUGGCUGUGGUGGUGGAUUGUUAACAGAACCUCUUGGGCGACUUGGGGCUUUAGUUACUGGAAUUGAUCCUGUGGAUGAGAACAUUAAAACAGCAGAGCGCCAUAAAAUAUUUGACCCAGUCCUGGAUAAGAGGGUCGAGUACAGAGCAUGUGCCUUGGAAGACAUUGUGGAAGAUUCUGCAGAAACGUUUGAUGCCGUAGUAGCUUCUGAAGUUAUAGAACACGUAACUGAUCUAGAAACAUUUGUGCAGUGCUGCUAUCAAGUUUUAAAACCUGGUGGUUCUUUGUUCAUCACUACAAUCAACAGAACACAGCUGUCCUAUGUCUUGGGGAUUGUUUUUGCAGAGCAAAUUGCUGGUUUGGUAGCAAGAGGUACCCAUUCGUGGGAGAAGUUUGUUUCACCUGAAAAGCUUGAGAGCAUUCUGGAAUCAAAUGGCCUGUCAGUUCAAACGGUGGCAGGCAUGCUCUACAACCCUUUCUCAGGCCACUGGCAUUGGACACAAAAUACCAGUCUUAACUAUGCAGCUCAUGCUGUGAAAUCUGAAGACCAGGAAAAAAUAGUACCCAAUGAACUUGUUUCAAAAGAAGAAAUAGAAUGAUUCCAAGCUGAAACCUUCACCAAACCAGAUAUGUAUCAUGAGCUGAAGAUGUGAAUUAUUCAGGGAGUUGGGGAUAUGACUCAAAGAUCGAGUUUGAUCCCUGGCACCACAUGGCCCCUAAGCACUACUAGGGGUAGCAUUGUUGGGCCCCCAGUGCCACUGGACCCCAGCCCUGAACUGUCAUUCCCUGACUUCCUCACCCCCGCCCCGUGCUGCUGGGUGUGGCCCCUAUUUGUUUCUAAAAGACUGCAGUAUGAUUUGAAAGUAUGAUGCUUACAAAUACAAAGAAUACAUAAUUUUAUCUUUUGAGAUGGGAUCAUGAAAAAAGACAAUAAAGUCUAAAAAAUUUGCAAAGAAUUUUUAUU